AUGGAGGAACUCACGGCGUUCGUCUCCAAGUCCUUCGACCAGAAAGUGAAGGAGAAGAAGGAGGCCAUCACGUAUCGGGAGGUGCUGGAGAGCGGGCCGCUGCGCGGGGCCAAGGAGCCGCCCGGGGGCGCCGAGCCGGGCCGCGAGGAGCGCAGCAGCCCGGCAGUCCGGGCGGCCGGCGGAGGCGGCGGCGGGGGAGGCGGAGGCGCAGGAGGCGGAGGCGCAGGAGGAGGAGCGGCGGGCGCGGGCGCUGGCGGCGGGCGCUCUCCCGCCCGGGAGCUGGACAUGGGCGCCGCCGAGCGCAGCCGGGAGCCGGGCAGCCCGCGGCUCACCGAGGUGUCGCCGGAGCUGAAGGAUCGCAAAGAGGAUGCGAAAGGGAUGGAGGACGAAGGUCAGACCAAAAUCAAGCAGCGGCGAAGUCGGACCAAUUUCACCCUGGAACAACUCAAUGAGCUCGAGCGGCUUUUCGACGAGACCCACUACCCGGACGCCUUCAUGCGCGAGGAGCUGAGCCAGCGUCUAGGGCUGUCGGAGGCCCGCGUGCAGGUUUGGUUUCAAAAUCGAAGAGCUAAAUGUAGAAAACAAGAAAAUCAACUCCACAAAGGAGUCCUCAUCGGGGCAGCCAGCCAGUUCGAAGCGUGUCGAGUUGCGCCCUAUGUGAACGUGGGCGCCCUGCGGAUGCCCUUCCAGCAGGAUAGUCAUUGCAACGUGACGCCCUUGUCCUUUCAGGUUCAGGCGCAGCUGCAGCUGGACAGCGCCGUGGCGCACGCGCACCACCACCUGCACCCGCACCUGGCCGCGCACGCGCCCUAUAUGAUGUUCCCCGCGCCGCCCUUCGGACUCCCGCUGGCCACGCUGGCCGCGGACUCAGCCUCCGCCGCCUCGGUCGUGGCGGCCGCCGCCGCCGCCAAGACCACCAGCAAGAACUCCAGCAUCGCCGACCUCAGACUGAAAGCCAAAAAGCACGCGGCUGCCCUGGGCCUGUGACCCGCGUGCGCCCGCGCCUGGAGCGACCCUCCCCCAGACGGCGUGCUCCACCGACCGACGGACCGGGCCAGGCUGGAGAAGUGGACUCCUUCGCAGGAAGAAAAUUCCUGUUGGGUAAAAAAUAAAAGAGUCAAAAGAGAGAGAGAGAGAGAGAGAGUGUGAGAGAGAGAGAGAGAGAGAGAGAGAGAAAGUAGAAAAGGCCAACCAGAGCGAAAAACGAGAACUAUUUCGUGUUGCGAAUUUUGUUUGGGAGAAGCUGAUGCUGGAGACCCAAGGAACAAAGACUCAAAUGGUUCACGUAUUUUAUACAUGUGAAAAGACAGACCCUGGACAAAUGGAGCGAAUGGGGAGGGAGGGGCGUUUCCAGCUCGCAGAGUGUGUGGGUCUUCCCCCUGGACGCGCUCAGGGCUGCCAGGGAGAGGUAGACUCACUUGGAGGCUUCGCCGCCUGCGCCGUGGGGAAGCUCACAGGUUUGGAAAGUGACUUUUUUUUUUCUGCGAAGUUCACUUUAAUAUGAGAAAUUUGAGAAGCGAGGCGGGCCUCCUUUCACGCUGAAUCCGUGACUUUGAGUGAAAACCACCACCACGGGAGGGCCGGAGAGGGAAAACUCAUCUGAAGAACCUUAAGAAGGAGGAGAGAAUAUAUCGAUGCGACAAGGGAGAAGGAAACUGGAUGCCCCAGACACCGAUUUUGCUGGAAAACAGGCGAUGUGGGCGGCUGGCUGGGCUGACCCGGGCCAGAACUCUGAGAAUCCCAGUUUGCAUGUUCCCCAUUUUCUGAGGUCAGCGCUUCCCGCCUCGGCUCCCCUGCGAGCGCAGGCUCCACGCUCCUCAGUGCUCUCCCAAACAAUACCCACCGUCUGGAACUCUCCACCGCCCUGUCCUGCCCUGCCCCGUCUGGACCCGGGGACCCUAGGGGGAGUGGGAAGGAGGGAGAGUCACACUCUGGCCUGGCGGUGGCAGGAAAGGUGGAGAAAGGCAAGAAAGGAGAGGAUGGAGGCCCAGCGCUCCCCUGGCCCCUGCGCCCUGGACUCCCCGCGGCGGCGCUUCCCUGCCGCUCCUCCCUCCCCUCUCUCGCCUGGUCGCUGACCCCUUGAAAUGCUGUCCGAGAACCCCCAGCUCUGUGUGCCCUCUCGUCCCUUUGCACUCACCCACCCAGCUAGAUACAGGCGCUAGGCUUGUGUAAAAUAUGUGGAUACACUCGAACAAAGUUUAUUUUCGCUAUAAUGUGUGAGCUGACGGUUGACGUGGGCGUUUGCAUUUUAACCCACGAAGGUGUAUAUUCCAGCGAUUUUCUGUUUGCUUGUUUGUUUUCCAUCCACGUAGGCUAUUUAAACGGGGGUGCCUGGGACUGAGCUAGCUGGCACCCCAGUCUCUAGGCCUCCUGAGGGUUAACUGGGUUUUUUCCUUCUGAUUUACAAGAAAGAGGAAAAGCUCCUUUAACUGAACUCUGGUAUGCGGUUGAGCUUUGUAACUAUUUGUUCUCCAUGAAAACAAGAUUAUUUAUAUUUGCCAUAUUUUUUCUAGUGUAUUAAGUUAUUUUAAACGAAAGAAGAUGCUGUUAUUUCAUGGCGUGUUUUGUCGGUACAAAAGGUUUCAGUUUCACCUCUGUUAAGCCUUUUAAAUAAGUGCCAAGUUAUUCAUUGAAGACACUUUGCGAUCAAAAUUGAAUGAAAAUAGUAUUGUUUCAUUUGAUGGGGUUCGCUUCAUCUUUGUUCCUGUGACUAUUAAACUGCCGGGACAGUC